GCGGGGAAUGGGCGAUCCUGAAUCGACUGGCCGCGCACGGCUCAGGGCAAGGGUGCCGGCGCCCCCAGAACGCCAGGGACGUACUGUGAGGGAAGGCCUAGCUGCUGAGCCCUUUGGGACCGGGGUCUGACAUCUGGACGGAGUGGGAAAGCAGCAUCCUGCCCUUGGGGAGUCGGGAGGAGCCCAGUCCCAUCCAGCUGUGCAAACAGGAGGAGGAGGAGGAGGUCCCAAGCCUACCCUUGGGAAAGGGGCGAGAGGGGUGGUCAGGCCGCCGCCGCGCCGGCCCCCGCGGUGCGGGUUGCGCCAGCCUCCUCGGAGCCCGACGCAGAAACUUGUUGCAACAAACAGGCGACCGCGGGUGCCCCUAGCAGCCAGCGGCGGAGUGGGUGGGCGGUCGAGAGGGAGGGGAAGGCUGGCGGACGCCGCAGCGAACUGGUGGGCAGACCCGGAGUCGCCGCGUAAGCGGGGCCGGCUCAGUGCGGUGCGGCAGGCGCGGCUGUGCGGCAGCGGAAGUCCUUUGUUGCAGCACAGUCCCUGGCAGAGCCAGAGCCUCUCCGCGCAACCCAGCCCGAGCGCCGCGCGCCGCCGCCACUGCAGCUCUUGGCCCUUCUGCCUCCGCCCGCCUUUCCCGUGGCCGAUUUGCCUUAAACUCCCUAAAAUCUCCGCAGCCCCGGUUCCUGCUGCGGCCGGUCUCUCUGAAUCCUGUAAAAUGUCUAUAGACCUAGAAAUCUCAUCCUGCAUAAAAUGGGCUUGGGGUCUCUAAUUAAUAGAAGAUGGCAAAGCCCAGCCACAGCAGCUACGUCCUUCAGCAGCUAAACAACCAAAGGGAAUGGGGUUUCCUCUGUGACUGUUGUAUUGCAAUUGAUGACAUUUACUUUCAAGCACACAAAGCAGUUCUAGCUGCCUGUAGCUCCUAUUUUAGAAUGUUUUUCAUGAAUCAUCAGCAUAGUACUGCACAGCUGAAUCUCAGCAACAUGAAAAUUAGUGCCGAGUGUUUUGAUCUUAUUUUGCAGUUUAUGUAUUUAGGAAAAAUUAUGACAGCUCCUUCCAGUUUUGAGCAGUUUAAAGUGGCAAUGAACUACCUACAGCUGUACAAUGUUCCUGACUGUUUAGAAGACAUACAGGAUGCAGAUUGUUCUAGUUCAAAAUGUUCAUCUUCUGCUUCUAGCAACCAGAACAGCAAAAUGAUAUUUGGGGUAAGAAUGUAUGAAGACACUGUGGCUAGAAAUGGCAGUGAAGCCAAUAGAUGGUGUGCAGAGCCAAGUUCAACAGUAAAUACACCACAUAAUAGAGAGCCUGAUGAAGAGUCUUUGCAAUUAGGUAAUUUUCCUGAACCAUUAUUUGAUGUAUGUAAGAAGAGUUCUGUGUCCAAAUUAUCUACUCCAAAAGAACGUGUCUCACGACGCUUUGGACGGAGUUUUACCUGUGAUAGUUGUGGAUUUGGCUUUAGCUGUGAGAAGUUACUAGAUGAGCAUGUGCUAACCUGUACUAACAGACAUUCAUACCAAAAUACAAGAUCCUAUCACAGAAUAGUGGAUAUUAGAGAUGGAAAAGACAGUAAUAUCAAAGCUGAAUUUGUUGAAAAGGAUUCUUCUAAAACAUUUUCUGCACAGACGGACAAAUACAGAGGAGACACAAGCCAGGCUGCUGAUGACUCAACUUCAACCACUGGAAGCAGAAAAAGUAGCACAGUGGAGUCUGAACUAGCCAGUGAAGAAAAAAGCAGAGCUGCUGAGAGGAAAAGAAUCAUUAUCAAGAUGGAACCAGAGGAUAUCCCUACAGAUGAACUGAAAGACUUUAACAUUAUUAAAGUGACUGAUAAAGACUGUAAUGAGUCCACUGACAAUGAUGAAUUAGAAGAUGAACCUGAAGAGCCAUUUUAUAGAUACUAUGUUGAAGAAGAUGUCAGUAUUAAAAAAAGUGGGAGGAAAGCUCUGAAACCUCGGAUGUCAAUAAACACUGAUGAAAGAGGUGGUUUAGAAAAUAUGAGGCCCCCUAACAACAGCAGUCCAGUACAAGAGGAUACUGAAAACGCAUCCUGUGAGUUGUGUGGGCUCACAAUAACUGAGGAGGACCUGUCAUCUCAUUACUUAGCCAAACACAUCGAAAAUAUCUGUGCAUGUGGCAAAUGUGGACAAAUACUUGUGAAGGGUAGACAGCUUCAGGAACAUGCCCAGAGAUGUGGAGAGCCCCAAGACCUGACAAUGAACGGGUUAGGAAGUACUGAGGAGAAGAUGGACAUGGAAGAGAAUCCUGACGAACAGUCUGAAAUCAGGGAUAUGUUUGUUGAAAUGUUGGAUGAUUUUAGGGACAAUCAUUUCCAGAUAAACAAUAUCCAAAAAAAGCAGUUAUUUAAACAUUCUGCCUGUCCUUUUCGAUGUCCUAAUUGUGGCCAGCGUUUUGAAACUGAAAAUCUAGUGGUUGAACAUAUGUCUAGCUGCCUAGACCAAGACAUGUUCAAGAGUGCCAUCAUGGAAGAGAAUGAAAGGGAUCACAGACGAAAGCAUUUUUGUAAUCUGUGUGGGAAAGGAUUUUAUCAGCGGUGUCACUUAAGAGAACACUAUACUGUUCACACCAAGGAAAAGCAGUUUGUUUGUCAGACAUGUGGAAAGCAGUUUUUAAGGGAACGUCAGUUGCGACUCCACAAUGAUAUGCACAAAGGCAUGGCCAGGUAUGUCUGUUCCAUUUGUGAUCAAGGCAACUUCAGAAAACAUGACCAUGUACGGCAUAUGAUUUCUCAUUUAUCUGCUGGUGAGACUAUAUGCCAGGUCUGCUUUCAGAUAUUCCCAAAUAAUGAACAGUUGGAACAGCACAUGGAUGUUCACCUGUAUACAUGUGGAAUAUGUGGAGCAAAGUUUAAUUUGAGGAAAGAUAUGAGAUCACAUUAUAAUGCCAAGCAUUUGAAAAGAACAUAAGUGAUUUUCUACUGUAUAAUGUUUAGCUGAUAGGAGACAAAACACCAAAGCAAAGGAUAUGAGCUAUUUAGAAAAUGAAUUUAUAAGAUGAAUUGUUGAAAAAAAUUUUAAGGCCCUUUACCUUUAAUAUUUUUUGUUUAGGAUCUUAAGUAUCUACAUUUUAGGUGUUAUUAAAUGUUUAUCAUUUUUGUUAUUUUUAAUAGAAUUCUUUGUUUUUAGUUUGUUUUAGCUAUGAUUAAAAUUACUUUUAAAUGUAGACUACAAGUGGUUGUUACCCCUUCAGUGACUAUUAAAGUUUAGUUUUUUUAUCAAUAAGGUGAUGACUUCACUAUUUUUAUGUGUUUUUUUUUUUCUAAAGUUACCCUGUGAAAUUUUAAACCCAACAUCAUUGGCCGUUCCUGUUUAAAUUUUUUUAAAAAAUUGUUUGUUUUAAAUAAUUAGUUAUUUGAAACUAUCCCAUUCACUGUAGCUUUUUUUUUUUUUUUUGGAAGUUGAACAGUGAUUUAGCCACUGUUUAUUCCCUGUCUUAUCAAUGAAAUUCGUAUUCUUAAAUUGACAACUUAAUAGGCAGGUUAGGUGCACUGAAUCUAACCUUGAAGGUUGACAUGGGCUCAAACUUGGCCUAAAAAGAUUGAUGAACCUAAGGAAAUUCCUAUAAAUGAAUAUUUCCUAUAAUUGAUAAAAUAUUAUCAUUUAAUAAUCACAUUUAAAACUUAUAUUAAGUGUAAAACCCAAUGACUUUACCCCACUUGAGAAAUUAGUGGGGACAAGUCAUUUUGUUUUGUGAUAUUAAAUUUAACUAUGAUAGUUAAUUAAAAAGGCAUAUCUUGUAUUCAUUUAAAAUAAUUUAAAAUAUUCUGAUUUCUAAAGUGUGUUAGUUUAUGAAUUAUUUUUGUUUAUAAAUAGACUUUAAUAGCUUUCUAGGAAUAUGACAUCUAAAGGAAAAUGAUUUUUCACCUUUAAAAUGACAUACUUUUGGAACUUUGAGAUUUGAGAAAGC